AAACUAACCAAACAAGCCCUUACGCAACAAACCCAGAACAGAAAUAAUCACAGACUGUGAUACUGAUAACUGAUAACAUGCUAUUUCAUCAUCAUAAUCCAUAAAUCCUACCCAUUACCCCUUUUCUUCUAGAAACCUCUUCUCAUUUUCUCUCUCUUCCCAUCUUUAAUGGCGGAUCUUUCACCUCCUCAUCAACCUCCUCCUUCUUCUGCUAACUUUGGUGUUGAAUCUGAUGAUAUUUCGUCUCUUCUUCAUACUCUUCUUCAUAAUUCUUCACAACCUUCUACUUCUUCUUCUCUUCCUCAAUUACCUGGAUCCGCUGCUUAUUCGCAAUCGCCUGCUUUGUUUGACUCAAGUUUUCCAUUUUCUAAAGGUUAUUAUACUUCCAUGGAAGGGAUCGAUGAUGUAGAGUGUCAUAGUGAGGAGGAAGCAAGGAUGAAGUCAGCUGCUUCUAGGAAUUCUUCUAAACGAAGUAGAGCUGCUGAAGUUCAUAAUAUGUCUGAAAAGAGAAGGCGGCAAAGGAUUAAUGAGAAAUUGAAAGCACUCCAGAAAUUGAUUCCCAAUUCUAAUAAGACGGAUAAGGCUUCAAUGUUGGAUGAAGCUAUUGAAUAUUUAAAACAGCUUCAGCUACAGGUUCAGGUGCGGUUUAAGUUUCUUGUACUGAUGCUAACCCUGAGAAAUGGUUCAAGUUCACAUCCCUUUUACCUACCAGUGGCAGUGCAACCUCCUCCAGGUCCCUUUAAUGAGACCAAUAACAAUGGAGUAGGAGGUUCCUUCACAGCGGAUGAAGAGACUUCCAUGCAGGCUAUGUUUAAUCUUUCCAGCAAACCCGCUUCAGACUACAAGCAGGCAUUUGUUUCUGACCCUUCAAUGACUGUAAAUUAUAGGCCUUUCCAUUCCUCCAUGCCCGCUAAGGUACUCUGCAAGGAUCCUGCAUUACAUCAGUUACAGUUGGACAUGAGUCAAUGUGGCCAGAGUUCAUCAUCAGGUGUCUCCUCCUGAAUAUGAAAGAUGAUUCUUGCAGGAUUAUCAGCUUCUAAUUUCUUUAUAACACAACUAAGCCAUUGCUUUCAUGCAAUUGCUCUAGAACCUCUACAAUAAUUAUCUGCUUCUGACAUAAUUUCUGAAUUUGAUUAGUUGUAUAAUUAGACUUUAAGUACUCAAUGUUAAUUUCCAGCCCGUUUUCUUGUUAAAUUUCGAUUUUUCUCGAGCUUUGUGCAAUUAGUAAACAUUCGGGUCUUUGAGUUGGCUUUCAUAUUUGAUUUUUGGUAGGGUCA